GUAAAACAAAAGUUUUUGAGUUUUUUUAGAAUAUGCUACAACAAUUAUACAUUGACGCAUGUAAUAUUCCUCAACCACAAACAAAAGGGCAUUUAUGUCAUUUCAUCUGACACAAACUAGAAGUUAACAAAGAGAGAAAUAAUCGACGAGAACAUUUAUAAAAGCAGAGAGACUCUUCAAAGACUUCUCUCAUAAAACCAAAACUCCAAACAAAACAAAAAAAAAUACUUCUUCUCCUUCAAUGGCGACAGCGACGAGAAAGAGCUAUUACCAACGCCCGAGUCAUCGCUUCCUUCCAACAGAUCGGACUUACAACGUCACCGGAGAUUCAGAAUUCGAGUUCGACGAGUCUGAUCUAUACUCUAACCGCUCCGAUUCGCCUGAAUUUCGUCGGAAACUCAUCACAUCAAACCGUAAAUCGUCUCCGGCAACCGUAACCACCACUACAGUAGCUUCUUCACUUCCGAUGAACGUACAGAACUGGUCUAAGAUUCUCGGGAAAGAGAAUCGGAAAAGCAUCGAAAACGAUGACGAUGGCGGCGAAGGAAAAUUGCCGCCGCAUGAGUAUUUGGCGAAGACGAGAAUGGCUUCGUUCUCUGUGCAUGAAGGAAUUGGGAGGACAUUGAAAGGAAGAGAUAUGAGUAGGGUGAGAAAUGCAAUUUUGGAAAAGACUGGGUUCUUAGAUUAAUUUUUAAAAAGUAUAAUUCUCUUUUUUUUGGGGGGGUUUAGUUUUCUUAUAAUAACAAUUUUUACUAAAUAACUUUUGAGAAGAAGAAGCAUAUAAUAUUUUCUAGAUUAUGCCUUCUUUUACUAAAUAAAGUUUUAAUGUUGAGCAUUUGAGAUUAUAAAAUUAGUACUGUAACUAACUAUUGUACUGCUACCAAAUUCCAAAUCGGGAAAAUUUGUACUUAACAAAAGUUGUGGGGUUACUUUAGUAACAAAGAAAACUUGUGGGUAAAAUUGGAAUAUAAUAGGAAAUAGGGACAAACAGAUUGAUUAUUGGUGGGGUUUUUGGGUUUGAUGUGGGUGGGGUUGGUAAGCAAAGUAGAGGUUACAAUUACAUGAAAGUGACUGAUUUAUUUUUGUUCAUGAUUUAUUCUCAAUUAAUAAAAAUUUAAGAUAUUUUAUGCAUUUUUCUGUGAUAAACAAAAUUAAUAAUUUAGAGCAGACAAUUUCAUCAAAGUUUGUUUGACAUCUGCAUUGUCCACGAGUGAGAGCAUUUAAAAUUGAAUGUUGACCAUUUUCUCAAUUUUGCAUAUUUUUGUAUGUAUAUAUUGAAAUUGAUAAGAAGUGUGGAUGUAAAUGAAAUUGAGUAUUUAAUUUGAGAACCAAAAGUUGUGGAAUAGAAAUGAUGUGAUCAUGGGUUUGUUGUUGAGGUAGCAAAGGGGCAUGCAAUUUAUGUGAUUUUGAGGAUUUAUGAUUACAUUAGAGAAAAUACUCAAGCUAGUGUUUCUACUUUUUGUAUAGGAUAUAUUUCCACUUAAUU